UGGGCGAUAUACAAUCGCCAGACGUAUAAGUUUGUUAUAUUGAGCAUUAUUGAGAAUAUGUAUAAUGGUGAUCGGUGUUAAUAAACAUCAGUAAUAUUUGUUAAUUCAACGCGAUAAGUAUGGACAUCAAAUUAUCUACGGUUUCGUUGAUUUUUUUGUGUACGAUUGGGUGUUCAAUUAGUUUUUGUGAAUCAUCGACAUUUAUUCUACCAAAUGUUGGACAUGCAGACCACUUGGGAAAAUGUUUCCACAAAGAAUCUGGAAUCGCUGUUAAGCCGGGACAAAUAAUUGAAAUUUUAAAUCACUGCGUACAACUGUAUUGUCAAAAGAAUCUCGUUUUCGCAGGAAUCGGAUGUACUUCUGUAGAAGCAUUUGAUGAAAAUUGUCAUGAAAUUCCUGGUGACCUAAGAUUAUCAUACCCAGAUUGCUGUCCACGUUUCCGAUGCAUAAACUUGGACGGAAAUAUCGAAAUAUUUUGAAGAAUAA